CGAGGCCACUGCACGACGUCACUUGCCCGCGUCACUCCGCAGCGCACCCGGCCUCAUACAAUCUCAUUCACUUAGCCAGUGAUAAACGCGCUUUGACGACGUCUCGUCCGUCAUGCUGCGCGCUUGACUUGCCGCCGAAAACCCACAGCUGCCUAAUGCAUCUUUGCCUGUCACCAAUAAAUCACAAAUGUCAGCCGUCACCGCACGAGGAGCGGCGGUUUUAUCACAUCUUAGAAAAUGACUGAAGGUCCUCCAUACCGAUAUGAGAAGCCGAUGUGUGUACGCAUAUGGCUUGAGGUGGGCCACGCUUGCGAGCCUCGGCGUUCGGUGACGGGACGCGCGCUGGCACUUGACUGGCGCGUGUGGGUGCGCGGCGCGCGCGGCGACAUCAGCGCGUUCGUGCACAAGGUCGUGUUUAUAUUGCACCCGCCGACUGCAUUUGUUUACCCCAAACGAGUUCUUCAAGAACCGCCGUAUGAAAUUCAAGAGUCUGGUUGCGCUUCGAUAAAUAUACCAAUAGAGGUUUACCUGAAGUUCAUGAAGAAACCAAAGAAAAUCUGUCUCAGAUAUAGUCUCCAAAUCGAAAAUAAUAACAAAGCAAGCACGGAGAAGAGGUUCGUUUACUUAGAUUUCGAAAAUCCCUCGGAAACCUUGUGCAGCGCCUUGAUGAAGGGCGGAGGUGAAAUAAUCGGUAGAACCGUCAAUGUGGCAAACUCGAACAAACUAGUCGUAGUUUUCUCCGACGGUCGAUCUAAGGAUCAGAAAGCGAUGAAAGUCAAACGCUACAAGUUCAUAGAGCCGGUGCGUUGCAAGCAUGGACUGAAAAACGCACCAAAGUCAUGCUUACUCGACGAGAUUUGCCCUAAAUGCGGCGAACCGAUAAACGCCGACUUCAGAAAACAAUUACACGCAGUGGCCAUGACCGAGGACGAGAUAAACCGCGUGUCGCAAUUAUAUAUAUCGUAUAGCAGUUACGAGAAAUCAGAUAACGCGUUAAUACUGCCACCGCUCUCGGAUCCCAUUUACAGGGUUCCAGAAUUGCCGGCGUCGCUUCGCGGCGCGCUCACUAGUGUGGAAGCGGACUACGCCAUGCAAUGAGGUGCUUUUCAUUUAGUCUGCAUUAAAAUGAUAGAUGCAUGAAACGGACUGCGUAUUUUGACUAACGACAAUAUAUUUGAUAUAUGGCUUGUUAUUCGCAGUGAUGUAACGUAUCUACGUAAGACUAUGGUUGCCUUAUAAUUUAAAAAAAUAUAUUUUUAAUUGUUGCUUAGUUUUAUGCUUUUACAUGUUCGAGAAGUAAGUAAAUGUUUAUUAUAAACUAUAUUCUAACGCUUUGAUUAUAAACGUAAUAUUUUUUAUUAAACAUCAUGACUUAAUCGAGUGGGCCCAGCUUGAUUGAAUAAUAACGGGUCGUGGCAUUUUGUUCGCUGGAGAUUAGGCUUUUGCAGGACCUUUGGGGAGCCACCUACAUAUAAUUUAUUCUACCGGCAAACUGUAAUAAUUUAUUUCUACGUUUUCUGGUUUGAUCAAUUCAGUAUAAUUACAGUCACAAGGGAUAUAAUAUCUUGGUCCCGUGACCUUCGGUGCAUUAUCUCACAGUGCCAGUGUCCAGCGUGAAAGUGACCACGUAACGACGAUUUCCUCAUAUAAAAUUAUCUACGAAAAAUGUUUCCGGUAUAUGCGUGGACCAUUGAGUUUAUUUUUUUAAUGAGUAUAAAAUUAUCUGGAUACUAAAAUGUGCCAUUAGACUGUUUAUACGUUCAUAUUUAUCUCUUAAGACGUUAUUUUAAUUAUAUUUUAUUAUACAUCUUAAAACUUGUAAUGUUAGAAAUAAAUUGAGAAUAUUUUUAUACGACAUAUUACAUUAUAUUUAUAAGAAUUGUUAAAUAAAAUUAAUUGAUUUUAUUGUUAUUUAAGUCGUUACAAAUGACUUGAAUAACUGUGCUGUGAACGAGAUCUCAAAAGUCAAUGUUGUCGUAAAGUAAAUAGGUUUAUUAGAACUAAGAUUAUAUGGUUAUAGUGACGUGUUUCUGUUGUUAUUAUAUUAUUAAAUAUUUAUAAAAUAAGUGAUACUUAUCGUACCUAUUCAACAUUCAACAGAGCUUUUAUAUUUUUUACUAAAACUAUAAUAUAUUCUACUGUUAAAAAUACUUUUUGCUUAACUAUAAUCUAAAUGUAGUAAAAAUAAUUAAAUGAAGGAUACUCAAAAAUAAUACUGAAAGCUUAAGAACUUAUGAUAUACAAAUUAGAUCAACACUCUGACUAGUAGAUAGAAAAAAUAUUUAAUGAUAAGCCACUGUGUUACCACUUAAUAAUUUAAAAAAUGUUUUGAAUGACACAAGGUGCUUUAGUUAUUUACUUAAAAUUAAUAUAAUAAAGUAUGUAUAUUUAAUGUAAUAGUUUAAUACGAUAGAAAUUUAUUAAUUUUCCUGAUUUCUAAUGUUAUUC